CCUCCAAACUUUUCUUGAAAUCACACAUAAAUUCUUUGCUCUUUCGACCCUUUUUUUUUCCUCUGACUUGAGGUGUUGAAUGUCCAAGAUUUCUGCAUAUUUGCUUCUUGAAGAAAGAAUUAUCAUCUGGGUUCUCAAAAUUGGUUGCGCAAGUAAUAUUCUUUGGAGGUGCUUUGAUCUCAUGAUUACUUGUUCAUUGGAUUUGUUAACAGCUGAAAGGGGUUCGAAUGUAAUAUGUGCCACUUUUGUGGUGCAAAGUUUGCAAAAUUAAGUAACUGCUCAAAGCAGGAAAAUGAGUCUUUUUCAGAAUUAAAUUGUGAGCGUUCUGUCCAGUUCUGCAAGUUUUGUGGUAAAAAGAACUGUAAAGACAGUGUAAAGAGGGAGAACUCCACUCACGAAAUGCAAACGAUCAGUCCCACUGCUUCAUUAAGAAGCAGUGACAGUUCUGUAUCAAGCUGCAGUGAUGUGUCUGUUGAUGCGAGCUUUUAUGACCGGAGACAUGUAGAAGAUGGCAGCUCGGACAGUAGUCAAGAAGAUUCUAGUUCUGCAGUAAAAGGGCGUCCUGAUGACUCAAAUUUACCAGUUAAUUUGAAUGGUUUUCAUCAAGCUGGUAGUACGGUGAAACAUGAUACUGGGGAAGCUGGGAAUGUUGAUAGUUUGGGGCAUUGCAGAAAUAUAGAAACUAGACAAACUGGAGAAGUUCAGGAAGGAAUAGAUAACAAUGCGGAAAGGCUGAAUUCAUCUGUUGAUGAUGUAUCUGAGUCAUCUCCGUUGAAUGAUGAAGUGGAUGCUGAAUUUUGGCUUCCUCCAGAACCAGAAGAUCAAGAAGAUGAUCUAGUAGGGAGCAUAACAAAUUACGAUGACGACGACGAUGAAUGUGGUGAUGGUGUGGCCUGGACGAAACCUAGUUCUUUCAGCAGCUUCGGAGAAGAAGGCAGUGGAAGUUACAAGUUCAAAGAGGAAAAGCUUAAAGCAAUGAACGAUGUUAAGAAUGGGAAGUUUAGGGCCCUUGUAAGUCAACUUCUGAAAUCCGUUGGUGUUGAUUCUUCUGGAAAUUGUGGUGAGAAUUGGGUUGAUAUAGUGACUUCUUUAUCAUGGGAUGCUGCGGCUUUUGUGAAGCCUGAUGCAUACGAGGGUAAGGCCAUGGAUCCCGAUGGAUAUGUGAAGGUUAAAUGUGUUGCAACUGGUUUGCGUACACAAAGUCAAUUGAUCAAAGGGCUAGUCUUCAAAAAGCAUGCUGCUCACAAACACAUGCCGACAAAGUACAAAAACCCUAGACUGCUGCUGAUUCAAGGCUCACUUGAUCUUUCUUCUGGUGGCUUUUCAUUAUCUGAAUCAAUGCAGCAGGAAAAGGACAAUCUAAAAUCUAUUGUUGAGAUGAUAGACAUGUACCAGCCGAAUGUUAUUUUAGUUGAGAAAUCAGUUUCUAGGAGCAUACAAGAGUCAAUUCUUGCAAAAGGAAUAACAUUAGUUUUCGAUAUGAAGCUCCAUCGUCUGGAGAGAGUUGCUCGUUGUAUUGGCACACCCAUCUUGGCCUCAGAUGUUGCAAUAGGUCAAAAACUUAGGCAGUGUGAUUCCUUUCGUAUCGAGAAGUUUGUAGAAGAACAUGCUGUUUCCACAGAGGGCGGAAAAAAACAGAGUAAAACACUUAUGUUCCUUGAGGGCGCUCCUACUCGCCUUGGAUGUACAAUUCUGCUGAUGGGAGCUAACAGCGAUGAAUUGAAAAGAAUCAAAUGCGUCGUGCGCUGUGCAGUUGUCAUGGCAUAUCAUUUGAUGCUUGAGACUUCUUUCCUUCUGGAUCAGACUGCAAUGUUCUCCACGAUUUCUCCCAGUGAGGUGGUGGACUUAGCACUUACCGAUGACCAGCAAACUUUGGUUGGAACUGAAGAGGCAAUUGUUUCUGGCCCGAAGCAAUGUGGUGCAGAAACAGACUCGUCAUGUACUCUUGAUAUUCCCAUUUCUAAUGGGUUCCAUAAAUUUGAGUCACAAAACCUAAUUGUACCGGAAGAAGGCAAUUCUUCAUUGUCGUUUGAGGCAUGCAAUCCAGCGACAUUUCCUGGAUUAUCUAUUUCAACAUCUAUUCAAAAAGUUAUGAAUGAUAGUUUUCCUCUUUUCGGCGCAUCUUCUCAGAGUAUGCCCACUCCACUUGGUUUCAGUGGAAAAAAUCAGGCUGGUCAGGCUGAAAGCAAUAUUCAGAUUUCAUGUGUCCCAGAGCCGGUAGAUGACAGUGGUGACAAGCCAAAGAUUGGAUAUGAGGAAGAGAAGUUACCCAACAGUGAGCAGCCCAAUCUGCCAGAAUAUUCAGAAAUGAGGAACCAUAGUGAUGGUGCUGAUGACCAAUUGCAGAGGAAGGAUGAGAUCAAUUCAGUGUUGGAUUCUGAGAGUAUUUUGGUUUUGAUGUCCAGCCGCAAUGCUUCACGAGGGACUAUCUGUGACCACAAUCAUUUUUCUCAUAUUAAGUUCUACCGGAGUUUUGAUGUUCCUCUUGGAAAGUUUUUGCAGGAUAAUUUACUCAAUCAGAGACUACAAUGCAAGACUUGCAGCGAACCCCCAGAGGCACACUUCUUCUACUAUGCACAUCACAAUAAGCAACUUACAAUCCAAGUUAGACGUCUACCUGCAAGCAAAAGUCUGCCAGGGGAAACUGAAGGGAAGCUUUGGAUGUGGAGUCGUUGUGGUCGGUGUAAACUCUAUGAUGGAAGCUCAAAGUCUACGAAAAGGAUAUUGAUUUCCUCUGCUGCACGUGGUUUUUCAUUUGGAAAAUUUUUGGAGCUCAGUUUUUCAAACCACUCUUCAUUCAGUAGUCCAUCCAGCUGUGGUCAUUCUUUCCAUAAGGAUUUCCUAUACUUCUUUGGAUUAGGUCCCAUGGUUGCGAUGUUCAAGUACUCUCCCGUCAUUACUUAUUCAGUGUCUCUGCCACCUCAGAAGAUGGAGUUCAACUCUUCAGUGAGAGGGGAGCUUCUUAAGAAAGAUUCUGAGAAUGUGUACUUGAAAGGGAUUUCAAUGUUUCUCGAGAUUGAAAAUGUUUUGAAGGAUCUAGGAAAUCGAUAUAUCGGGGUAACGCUCAACAUUCAGGGUUCAAGCAAGGAAUUCUCGGAUAUUAUGGAUAUGUUGAAGCAGGAAAAGUCUCAAUUUGAGGUUGAGAUGCAAAAUGCUGUUAAGAAUGGAAGUGAAGAUGAUGCUGUAUGUAAACUCCUAAGCUUGAAUAGAGUGCGUCUGGAUCUUCUGCUGGAAUCAUGUAUAUGGGAUCAUAGAUUACGUGCAUUGCUCUCAUCAGACCUUAAGGUGAUAAAUUCUGAUUCAGUUGACUUGCAUGCACAAGAACAACAUUUACUGAAAGAGAAUGGAACUGCUGGACAACCACUCGUUGAUGGCGAUAUAGCUGUUGAAAAAUGUGACAGUGCUCUAGAAACUUCUGGGCCUGAAAAUAAGCUGGAUCCUUGUGCAGAUAGCGACUUUCCAUUUAAAGAAAUUCCUAUUUACGGACAUGUAGAAGGAUCUAGGCAAGAUAAUUCGGAGGAUGCACCAACCAUCAAAGAUGAUGUUGUGAAGCCAACUAAUGGUAUAUUGAAUGAAAAUGGAUCAGCAUUUCAUGAUUUCAUGGUUAAACCUACUUCAGAAGAUCAUUUCGAUGCUGUUAAAGGAAACUUUCAACAGGAAAAUUUAGAUUCAAUUAUGGAACAUCAAAGAGAUAAGACAAUAUCAGUAGAUACUGAUGUCGAUGGGGCUAUUUCUGAUUCAAACCAUUCUCUAAGAUGCAAGCACCACAUCCCCGUGUUUUCUGACCUAGAAAAUGAUAAAGUUUGGAUCUGGGCUCCCUUCACAGACAUCCGACGUGAAUACAUGGAGGACCUCCAGAGAGGAUGUUUGCCAAAAUUUGAAUCUUGUGGUAGCUAUUCUGCAGAAUCUACGGCUCAAAAAUUGAUUUCUGAUGAGGGCUCAAGACUGCACAUUCCUAUUGGUCUUAGGGACUACAUUGUGUCCGACUACGAAGAUGAAUUCUCAAGCAUAAUAGCUUGUGCUCUGACAUUAUUAAAGGAUGCAGCAAUGUUAAGCGAAGAUCUAGCAGAGUACACCCACAGAGAAAGAGGUCUAGAUGCAAAGUCAACUGAGAGUUCUGAGAGUCUACCACGAGUAUUUUCUUUGACUGAGCCUCAUUGGUCUUCAUUUGGUUCUUUUCAUUCUGAUAGCAUCCUUUCUGCACCCACCAAUUCUUUGGAAGAUUUACAUUCAUCAAGUUUUGAUGGUCUAGAUUUGUUGGAGUCAUUGGUUUCCUAUGGUGCUAGCCACCCAGAAGUCUCUAUGGGCUCAGGCAAAUAUCCAGGAACACGUAAAUACUCUGUUGUGUGUGUAUAUGCGAACGAGUUCCGUCAGUUGCGAGAUCGAUGUUGUCCUUCGGAAGUCGAUUAUAUUGCUUCCUUGAGCCGUUGUAGAAAUUGGGAUGCCAAAGGUGGAAAGAGUAAAUCCUUUUUUGCUAAAACACUGGAUGACAGAUUUAUCAUUAAGGAAAUUAAGAGGACCGAAUUUGAUUCAUUCAUGAAGUUUGCCACUAACUACUUUGAAUACAUGAAUCAAUGCUAUGACCUGGGAAACCAGACCUGUCUUGCUAAAAUUCUAGGCAUCUAUCAGGUUGUUAUAAGAGCAAGAAGGAAUGGGAAAGAGGCUAGGCAUGAUCUCCUGGUGAUGGAGAAUCUUUCAUUUGGUCAUCACAUAGCCCGGCAAUAUGAUCUCAAAGGGGCUCUACAUGCUCGAUUUAAUACAGCUGGCAAUGGUUCAGGAGACGUUCUUUUGGAUCAAAACUUCGUUAACGAUAUGAAUGCUUCACCUCUUUAUGUAAGCCGGAAGUCGAAGCGGAAUCUGCAGAGAGCUGUGUAUAAUGAUACCAAUUUCCUCAACUCAAUCAAUGUGAUGGACUAUUCUCUACUUGUGGGAGUGGACACCCAACGUCGUGAACUGGUGUGUGGUAUCAUAGACUACCUCAGGCAGUAUACCUGGGACAAGCAACUCGAGAAUUGGGUCAAAUCUUCCCUCGUUGUUCCCAAGAACCAGUUGCCAACUAUCAUCUCUCCCAAAGAAUACAAAAAGAGAUUUAGGAAGUUCAUAGAUACCCACUUUUUGAGUGUUCCAGAUCAUUGGUGUUCCCAAAGAUCUUCCAACCCUUGCAAACUCUGCGGCCCUGUCGACGGAUCUGCUUUGUUGCAAACAAAGACAGUGAAGAAAGGCAAUCCUGAUGAUGAUUCUUCUCGUGCAACGUCUCCAGUGCAAGGGAAAGACAGAGCUGGUGGUUCUUCAAAAUCUCCCCAUCAUGGUGAAGAAAAUGGCUUCUUUGCCUGAGAUUCAGUUACCAUCAUGAUUUUGAAAUCAUCUUCUAUUAUUUUAUUUCAUAUAUUGUAUAUACUUCAUAGCCUCCAUAUAUCCCCUCUCUUCCUGCUAUCAUUUUUUGUUCAGCAAAGUUCUGAGGGUAUUUUGCUAUUUAUAGAUUAGCAUAUUUAGGUUGCACAUACAUAUUCGUUGUAUAUCGUCCUGAGUAAUUGUAAAAACGGCAGCGGAGCUGACGAGACUUGUAUCGAUAUUUGCCAUGAAAGAAGAUGUAAUUUACAUUUCCUACACAGGUCAAAUAUUGGAUACCAUUUAUCUUGUGAUUGCUGCUUAAAAUGCAGUAAGUUCUGUA